AACAUUUUAAAGAAAGGACUAAUCGAGAUUUAACCUAUUGUAGGCUUUAACAGCUAAUUGCGCAGAUCCAUAAAUCGAUUUCUCCCGAUGAUGUUCAGUUUUGUAUGCCUAGGCUCCAUGCAAUCGCUUGUUGGAAGGGGGUCGAUUGUGAUGAAAGAGAUACACAUGAACUUUCAAGUGCGUACGUCUUCUCAAGUAUAAAAUACUAUAUGGCCUCAUCAAUCACCUUCUUUGAGGAGUCCAGACACCCAUUAGAGUUUUCAGCUAUGUAGAAAUAGAAAAAACGGUCUGCUGCGAGUUAAGCUUGCUAAGUUUUUGGGACCACCAGCCUUUCAACCGUUUUCCCUUGGCCACGAUGUACUAGUGACUCCCCAGAUCAACCACAAGUCGACUAAGAACACAACAAAUGAGGGACCAACACCACUGACUGGCUGAAGUGUCAAAUGAUAGCAUAUUACAAAAAAAGUUCCUUUUCCUCUACUCUGCAAUUACACUCACAGGCUCACUAUACAUAACACAUCCGUUUUCGACGUCUCAAUCGUAUAUUGAUACCUUUUCUGCCAUGAAUAUCUAUUUUUUCAAACCAUCUAUACCCACGGAGAAUCAAGCACACAUAUAUACCACGAAUGAACUUGAUAGUUCGUUCAGAUGUCUCAACAUUUCCUCCAAGCUGCCCGACCAUUGAUCCAUCCCAGCGAAUGGAAGAAGAUACUUACCAAAUGUGAAGUCUGGAAAAAUGGCAAGAUUUUUCGUGAAAGGAAGAAGUCUGCCAAUGAGAAAACGUUUGUCGAAGAAUUCAGAUACCAAACGACGCCCGUACCUGGCAUGUAUAGAAUCGAUGAGAAGGGAGCGACAUUUCUCGUUGCCAUUCAACCAAUCCAAGGCCGGAGAGACAGCGAAGCCAUUUUUCAAAUUGCUCCUGUCAGCGAUUGUCCCGAUCCAUCUUUAGCCCGGGUUCCUUCCACGUCUAAGGAGGAAAAUCAAAGCUCUGAGACUGAACGAUUUCUUGGCUAUAGACACCUUCGCGAUCAAGCCGAAGUUGAAUACUGUGAGAUAUUGGCUCGGUAUAUGUUCAGCGACGAGCUGAAAAAGCGACAUGUCACCUACGAGCACAAACAGGGCGUUUCUCACUUGUUCCGCUUGAACAAUCCAGCCAUUUAUACUAUGAUUGGUGGUGGGAGAAGGAGAAAGAAUGGAGAAGCAGUCAAGAUGGGCAAGCUACCCAAGCAUCAUAAGGGUAUCAAUGAUAACUUGUGGUGCCGCGACUUGAGUAAUGGCACCUUCAGAAUGAUGGGGAUUGCAGAGGCGCAAAAAGCCAGGGAAGAAAUGGCGGAGAAGGGAUGUGAUGCGUGGUGUGAGACGGGGAAUGAGCCUUAUCUGAAGGUUCAGAGAUAUGUGCAAAGUACUAUUUCUUUUACUUCCCCAUUUACAAGAUUGAUUUGACCUACAUGUAUAGGUAAAAAGAUGGUUCGUUCAGUGGUGUUUGGGCGUUUCAGGGGAUGGAAGCAAAGAUAUCCUUUAUGUCCAGUUGGCAUAAAGUAACAGCAUUGUAUGCAGCGACUGCACUUGCAGAUAGAUCAAUUUAAGAUCAAUUUAACAGCACCAAAUAUAUCUCCGGAGACAAGUGCAGGAUCUUAAUCUUGCUCAAUAUCGAACUUGAGAUGAGACGUCCAAAGACUACUGGCCAUUUUCCCCCCACGCGAUCAUAGCUGCCAAUUGCAAGUCUCACUUGAAGUUUGAGAACGGCUUCAUUCUCACACAAACAUCAUACGAACCGAUACCUUCGGGUGAACUUAUAAUUACACGCCGAACGUGAACAAAUUGAAGAAUAU